GGACCGUCCCAUAAUGGGCGUGACAUUCUCAAUGUGGGUUAGUGUGUCCAUCCCGCACUAGCCUCGGCAGAUACAGUUCAUCCUACUUCCAGACACAUACAUAGCCUGCAGAGAUGGAUCUCGAACAAAUGGGUCCCCAAACCUUCCUUUACGGUUGUGAGCUCAAGGCAGGCAAUGAUGUCAGUUUUAAUCCAGAGGAUGAUGAUUAUGAUCAUCAGUUAUCAGUCAGAAUGGCCUGCGUUGAUCCUGCAACAAAAGAUGAACUGAACGUUGUGGAGAUUGAAGGGCACGAUUCAGAGGGUCAGAAGGUCAAAGCAGUUCUGGCCACGCUCAAGCCUUCCACCCUCCCAAGUGUGUGUUUGGGUGGGUUUGAGAUCACUCCACCUGUUGUGUUCCGUCUACGUUCUGGUUCUGGUCCAGUUCACAUUAGUGGACAGCAUCUCGUCAUCAUGGGAGGAGACCAGUCCUUUGAUGAAGAGGAGGAGGAGGAGGAAGAAGAAGAGACAGUGACGACAGCUAAGAAGAGGCCGGCAUCACUGACUCCUAAGCCUUCAAAAAAAAUGAAGUUGGAUGAGGAGGAGGAUGAUGAUGAUGAUGAUGAUGAUGACGACGACGAUGACGACAUUGAUGAUGAAGAGGAUGAUGAUGACGAUGAUGAUGAAGAGGAAGAAACUGAAGAGGAGUCACCUGUAAAGGAAAAGAAGACCCCAUCCAAACCACAGACCCCUGCACAGAAUGGAAAAGGACCCAAGCCCGGUACACCCGCUAAACAGAACAAGACUCCAGAAAAGAGCAACAAGGGUGACAAGAAAGCACAGUCGCCUAAAACGCCACAGUCACCUAAAACGCCACAGACGCCACGGGUUUUCACUGUCCCAGAGAUCAAGGCCAAGAUGAUGGCAAGUGUAGAAAAGGGUGUAUCGCUACCAAAACUACAGCCAAAGUUUGAGAACUAUGUGAAGAACUGCUUCAAGGCCACUGAUGCAAAGGUCAUUGAGGAGCUCUGGAAGUGGAGACAGAGUGUCAAGUAGAAGAACAGAAACACUUUUUAUUUUGCUUAAAUUAAGCCUUUUUUUGCCCAAGAUUUUAGUUUUUGUUACCCACAAUUUUGUUUGUUUGUCCCCAUACUUUUCAGUUUUUAUGUCAAAUCCGUGCCAUUCCUUGAAAAGACUUUACUCAGAACAUGACCUUUGCAAUCUGCCCUCUCCUCACCCCUGUGGUGUUGUCAUGUCCAUAGAGUGUGGCCUUCAUUUGGCAGCCUUGUUGCUCAAAUGACUUUCUGAGCAGAAGAUUUCAACCCUCUAAUUUAUAUGGAGAUUUGUUGACUGUACCCGUCCAUGGUUUAUUUAAAAUGACGUGGAAAAUGUGCAUUGUAUUCUAAUUAGAGAUGCGACGGAGAAGUUGAUUUAUUGAAAUCUUGAAUCUUGAAUUGGUUUGCAAUGCAUUAGUGGGUUUCAGAAUGGUAUCAAUGAUGAAUAACAUUAUUUCAGCAGUGUGUUAUUUUUGUAAUUGUUGAUACUCUGUAACAUGCUAGAAGGUGGAAUGUAUUAUAUGUUUGGGUUUGAUAAGUCAACUGUAAGAAAUCCAAAUGUCAACAAUGUAUAUUUUAGUUUGUCACAGUCUGUGCAGCUAAAUCUCAACAGAAUCAGGACUCAAUUUAUGACUAGUUCAGAUGUGGUUCUCUUGUUCACCUUCUUUGACUUCCUUGAAUCUGUUUAAAUGCAAAUAAAGUUUAUAUUUCCGGUUUAAACCCA